GUUUUUCUCUUCGUCCGUGUCCCGUUUUCACCGAGAACGAAAUACGUAUCGUCCUUCGUUUAGAGUCCACGCGUCACGAGAACUACAUCGUUUUUCCGCACCAUCACCUCACCGUCGUAAGGUACAGAACGUCACCGUUGACCGUUUGAAUUCGGUGUGCGGUUGGCCGAAAGACGAAGUUCACAGUUUUGGUAAAGAAAAACUGCGGCAAGAUCACGGUGAGAUAUCGAAACACCAAGAUAACGGUGCGGAACACGUGCGACCGCCUCUCGAUCACCGUGACUGUCAAAGAAUCGACGAACGGCGGCGGUUGAGUGGCGGUGGUCCGUUCGUCAUCACCAGCCCCGGCGUGACCCAUCAGGUGAUCUGCAAGUCGCCGAACCGGACCGUCGGCACGACCACCACUAUCACCACAAGUCACCGGUCACAGCCGACCAACGAGACGACUUGUUCGGUGGCACGCGACAGCGGUUCGGUAACCAUGUUGCAGCAGUACCAACAGCAACCGGACUACACGCCGUAUGGCGGCAUCGGAUACGGGACGCAGCCCGACGCGGGUUACUUCAAUUACGCCGCUUCCGAGUCAUCUUGGUAUGGUUCACCCUCACCUGGCGGCGAUCACGGGCAAAUGCACGCUGGUUUAUCACAUAACGCUUGCAACACACAUAUCGGUGACAGUACCGGAAAUUUCUUGAACCAUGGUUAUCAACAAACUACGUCGACAGGAGCGACAACAUCUUCGGCGGAAUCGUUUGCCAGCAACAACCAUCCGGUUUCCCAAGCUAAUAUGGAUCCCAUGGCAGAUUUCUUGGGUGGCCAUCAAAACAUGAACGAAAACGACAAGAUCAUCAAGGAGGAGUCCAUUGACUGGCUUUCGAGCAUCAUAAACGAUGAAGUCGACCACGGUAAUCGACAAGACGUUGGUGACGGGGGUAGCGGUGGUGGAGGAAUUGGAGGAGGUGGGAGUGAAGGAGGAGGAGGUGGAAGUAGAGGAGGAGCAGGAGCAGCGUCAGCAGCAACUGCAGUAGUUGGUAGCAGCGACGGCAGCGGUAAUGUCAAACUUGGCGACUUGCCGUGUAAGGGCCACGAACCCAACGGUCGAUUGCCCAACUUCCAUCAGGCCUUUGGGUCUACCGAGAUAGGCAGGUUUUCACAGCACGAAUAUUACGAACCGCCGAAAGAUGCUUCGAUGAAUGAAUGCCAAUCGGCCGGCCAGCCAGGAGUGUCUUCGGUGCCCGGUUCCGGGACCGCUCAGCAGGAAGAACGGUCGUCCGUGGCCGCGUUCGAACCACCACGGCUGCAAAACCGGCGGGGCAGGACGCAACGUGGCGGCGGCCAGCACAGGCGCAACAAGCAGACUCGGGCAGCGGCCGCGGUUGCCGCCCAACAGUACACCGGUUACGAUAUGUCCGGUUCGGCGGCCGGUGGUGCCGUGGUCGUCGGCGGAAGGCACUUGCAAGUACCGCCGUACCACCAUGACCCGUACAGCCGGAACCAACACGCCCAACAGCAACGUUACCACCAGGAGUAUCAUCACCAUCACCAGCAGCCGACGCCGCCCCCGUCGUUGUAUCAGAACCACCAGCAACAAGAGUAUUACCGACCGUCAUACGAUCGGAUGCACUACCAGCAACAGCCGCCGCCACCACCGCCCAACCAAUACUACAACAACCGGGAACAGUCGUACGCCAGUGGCGGUUAUAACAACCGGUUUCAUUCGUGCUGUUCUACCGAGCACAUAGCUAGGCCCAACCAUCACAACUACGGCCCGGGGCAGUACUACGGUGACUACAACAACUACAACCAAUGGUGAUGAGAAGGAGGACACGUCGCCUUAUCACCAUCGCAUAGGUACAGCCGCCGUCGCCGUGCCAUAAUCAUAUUUAUAAAUGAACUGUCGUUUUUAAUGUUAUUCUAAAAGACAAACGAACACAAAGACAUUUCCAAACCGGGGUGUGCAGCAACCAGCACUCCCGUAAAAUACAAAUCACGUCGGAUACUACAACAAGAUACUAUUUUAAAUAAUAUACUAUCUGUGAUACGAUGAUGGUAAUACGUAUUUUAUGUAUUAUCGCACGUUAUUAUGCAACAACAAAAUUCGUGGCUUAAAUUUAAAAAAAAUAUAUCUAUAUAUUUAUAUAUAUAUAUAUAUAUAUAAAUAUAUAUAUUUAUAUAUAUAUAUAUAUAUAUAUAAAUAUGUAUAUUUACUCAUUAUUUUGGACAAGUCAAUUAAUGUUAAAAAGAAAUUCCCGAUUUAUUUACUUCUUCUCGCUGUAAAAAUAUAUCAUAAUAAAUAAAAAUUAAAAAAAUUAAAAAAAAAAAUCCUUGGCGUGUAAAUAAUAUUCAGACGACAAUUAAUACGAUAUUAAACAAACUCGUUGUUGUCGUGCGUCUUUUCGCCCUGCGAUAUGCAAUCGCAACAUCAACACCGCAGAUACCGCAUAACCGCUAUUUUUACAAUACAUAAUCGUAUUAUAAACAAUACAAUAUUAUGACGUAUAACAGUUGCGGGUGGCAAAAAUGUGGUCGAACUGUGAGAUCUGUUUCUUCCUCGGUGAACUGUGAUGAUGGUUCCUGAGCUGUGCAUGAGUUCGCCCACGAAACAAAAAAAUGUAUAGUCCACGAUCGCAAUCUUGUUUAGUUUGAUUUGUAUUCGUAUUUAAUUCGUAUAGUAUUUAAGUCGUUGUGCCUUAUUAAUUAACAGUUAAUGUUGUAAAAUGCACCAUUAUUAUAUACAUAAUUAUAAAUUAUUAUGUUAUACAUGUAUACAUAUAACAUGCAUAUAUUUUAUAUGUAUAAAAUAUCGAUAGUAUAAACGUACUGCGGAAGUGGCCAAGCCGUGUUUCAAAGUCCAGCGCUGGUAGUUAUUAAAAUGUAUUAUUUAUUAUUAUUAAUAUUGUUUAGUUUUUUUUUUCUUUCUCUCAUCAACUCCGUUUGUAUUUAAUAAACGUAAUAAUAUUGUACUUCUACAGCUGCUGGUAUGGAGGGAGCGAAAUGUAAAUUGAAGCUCUACGCAAUUUUGUUUUAGAUGUUUAGAGAUACGGCAGAGCCUGUGUUUAUAUCCUACUAAUAUUAGUUAUCCGCGAUUUGUUUGUAUUAUUAUUAUUAUCAUUAUUAUUAUUGCUAUUAUUAUAUUAUUGAUGACAUUGAUUUUA